GCGCGGCGCGGCGGCAGAGGCGGCGGAGCCUGAGCUGGGAUGUAGAGGCGGCGGCGAGAGCGGGCGUCCGAGCAGAGCCAGAAGAGGAGAGCCUCGCCCCCGACAGUCCGGCCCCGCGUCCCAGCCUGUGCCUAGCCAUGCGCGUCGCCUGCUGAGUCCGGGCGCCUCACGCCGAGGCUUCCGCCCGCCGCGCCGCGAGGCGCUGCGCUCCGGGGUGAUUAGUUGCUUUUUGUUGUUUUUUAAUUUGGGCCGCGGGGAGGGGGAGGAGGGGCAGGUGCUGCAGGCUCCCCCCCCCUCCCCGCCUCGGGCCAGCCGCGGCGGCGCGACUCCGGCUCUGGCCCCGGGCGCGGCGGGCGACUGAAGCGGAGCGCACCGCGGCGGUGCCCAGAGCGGAGCGCCGCUCCCCGCCCCGCCCCUCCCCCUCGGCCUCGCGGCGACCGUGGCGGCUCGGACGACUCGCAGAGCCGAGUACAGACGUUCCCACGCGGACACCUGACCAUGUGCUUGCCCUGAGUGAGCCCCACCAGACGUCUCGAUUGUGGGCAACAGGGCUACACACUCAUCUGUGAGCCUCCAGCAGUUUGCAGGCUCUCCCAGCAGUGGGGUCUGGGCCUCGGCCCCACCAUGUCGAGCCUCAGCGGUGGCUCCCAGGACACCGGUGGCAGUAGCAGUGGCAACAGUAGCACCAAUAGCAGCAGUGGCAGUGGCCCAAAGGCAGGAGGAACAGACAAAAGUACCACAGUGGCUGCAACCGCACCAACCUCAGUGGCAGAUGAUGCCCCGCCCCCUGAGCGUCGGAACAAGAGUGGCAUCAUCAGCGAACCCCUCAACAAGAGCCUGCGUCGGUCCCGCCCACUCUCCCACUACUCUUCCUUUGGUAGCAGUGGUGGCAGCGGAAGCAUGAUAGGGGGGGAGUCUGCUGACAAGGCAGCCGCAGCUGCAGCCGCAGCCUCCCUAUUGGCCAAUGGUCAUGACCUGGCUGCGGCCAUGGCCAUGGACAAAAGCAACCCUACCUCAAAGCACAAAAGCAGUGCUGUGGCCAGCCUGCUGAGCAAGGCGGAGCGGGCCACGGAGCUGGCAGCCGAGGGACAGCUGACGCUGCAGCAGUUCGCGCAGUCCACGGAGAUGCUAAAGCGCGUGGUGCAGGAACACCUGCCCCUGAUGAGCGAGGCAGGUGCUGGCCUGCCUGACAUGGAGGCCGUGGCUGGUGCCGAGGCCCUCAACGGCCAGUCCGACUUCCCCUAUCUGGGCGCGUUCCCCAUCAACCCAGGCCUCUUCAUCAUGACCCCAGCUGGUGUGUUCCUGGCCGAGAGUGCACUGCACAUGGCCGGCCUGGCUGAGUACCCCAUGCAGGGAGAGCUGGCUUCCGCCAUCAGCUCAGGCAAGAAGAAGCGGAAACGCUGUGGCAUGUGUGCGCCCUGCCGGCGGCGCAUCAACUGUGAGCAGUGCAGCAGUUGUAGGAACCGAAAGACUGGCCAUCAGAUUUGCAAAUUCAGAAAGUGUGAGGAACUCAAAAAGAAGCCUUCCGCUGCUUUGGAGAAGGUGAUGCUUCCGACGGGAGCCGCCUUCCGGUGGUUUCAGUGACGGCCGGGAACCCAAAGCUGCCCUCUCCGUGCACGUCACUCCUCGCGUCGUCUCCAGCAAGGGAUUCGGGCGAAGACAAACGGAUACACCCGUCUUUAGAACCAAAAAUAUUCUCUCACAGAUUUCAUUCCUGUUUUUAUAUAUAUAUAUUUUUUGUUGUCAUUUUAACAUCUCCACGUCCCUAGUAUAAAAAGGAAAAAUUGAACUGCUUUUUCAGAAGAACAACAACAAAAGAGGCAAAGCGAAUCUACAAAGUACCGAGACUCCCUGGGCAAAGAAUGGACAAUCAGUCUCCUUCCUGUGUCAGUGUCAAUGUUGUCUGUGCAGGAGAUGCCGUUUUUGUGUAGAGAAUGUACAUUUUCUGUAACCUUUUGCAAUCUAGUUACUAAUAAGCACUACUGUAAUUUAGCACAGUUUAACUCCACUCUCGUUUUAAACUUCCUUUGAUUCUUUCCAACCAUGAAAUAGUGCAUAGUUUGCCUGGAGAAUCCACUCACGUUUAUAAAGAGAAUGUUGACGGCACCGUGUAGAAGCCCCUCUGUAUCCAUCCACGUGUGCAGAGCUACAGCCAGAGCCCACUGGGACUGGAGUUCCUGUCCCAGGCCCAGCCAUGUUGCACCCACUGUCCUCUGGCUGGGACCCCCUACCCCAACAGUGACAGAUUUUGGAGAGAUGAUUCUGUUCAUUUGUUGAUCCACUGAGAUCUGGGGAGCCCGCAUCUCAAUCCUGGCUACUUCCCCUAGAGAAAACAGGCCUUUUCUCAGCCUUGCUCUCAGCAACAGAAGAAAGGGCUUCUCCGCGGUCCCUCACCUGCCCCCCGGUAGGGGUGGGUGCUCAGGGGGCUCCCUACCCGUGGCCAGCUCCCUGCUGAGGAACAUGCUGUUUGUAUUGUUUUAGGAGACCAGGCUGUUUUGUGAAUAAAAUUGAAUGCAUGUUUGUGUCCUGA